AUAUCGGUGAAAUCCCGUGAUCGUCAGAGUCAUGGUAACGUCAUUGUCUUCACCCUGUAGGUUUCGUCAUCUCCUAACCACAGAAGAGGAGGUCUGUUCCUGCUCCUGAUCGGUGAAAACAUUACAGGUUGUCCAGCAUCAUGAGUCAGCGGACGGAGCGGCGGGGGGGGAUACACGUGGACCAAUCGGACCUGCUGUGCAAAAAGGGAUGCGGUUACUAUGGCAACGCAGCCUGGCAGGGCCUGUGCUCCAAGUGCUGGAGGGAGGAGUACCAGCGGGUGCGGCAGAAACAGAUCCAGGACGACUGGGCCUUGGCAGAAAAGUUGCAGCGGGAGGAAGAGGCGGCGUACGCCAGCAGUCACGGAGCACAGACACAGUCCCACCCCCAGCCCACGGCACCACAGCCACAUCCGGGGCACGCCUCCCUGGGACCCUUCUCCAAGUUUGAGGAGAAGAAGACCAACGAGAAGACACGGAAAGUGACCACCGUUAAGAAGUUCUUCAGCCCUUCGUCACGCACUGCUCCCAAGAAAGAAACCCAAGAGGGCAAGACACCCAGUCCGUCCAUUAGCCGCCAUGCCAGCUUCGAUACAGACCAGGUGUCCAAGGACUUUGUGGACUUCUUGAAAAACCUCCAGAAGCCCGGCCGGGAGAUCCACAAGCAGUGCCGAGCCUUCAUUGUGAACAUGUCGAGCAAGAAGGACCUGAGUGCUGACGAGCUGUCGGAGUGCGUUCAGGAUUUCUACCAGAACCUAGCCGACCGGUUGAUGGGUCACUUUAAAGGCUCUUCAGAGUCUGUGGAGCAGGUGAUGGACCAAGUGGAAAAGUACAUCAUGACUCGUCUGUAUAAGAGCGUGUUCUGUCCUGAAACCACUGAUGAUGAGAAGAAGGAUCUGGCCACGCAGAACAGGAUAAGGGCGUUACACUGGGUGACCAUCCAGAUGCUCUGUGUGUCUAUGGACGAAGAAAUCCCCGAAGUCUCUGAGAACGUGGUCAAAGCAAUAACAGAUAUCAUUGAGAUGGACUCGAAGAGGGUUCCUCGGGACAAACUCGGGUGCAUCACUCGCUGCAGUAAACACAUCUUCAGCGCCAUCAGGAUCACCAAGAACGAGCCGGCCUCAGCUGACGACUUCCUCCCAGCGCUCAUUUACAUCGUGCUCAAAGCCAACCCUCCACGACUUCAGUCCAACAUCCAGUACAUCACCCGCUUCUGUAACCCCAGCAGGCUGAUGACCGGAGAGGACGGAUACUACUUCACCAACCUGUGCUGCGCAGCGGCUUUUAUCGAGAAGUUGGACGCUCAGUCUCUGAAUCUUUCCCCAGAGGAAUUCGAGCGCUACAUGUCAGGCCAAGCCUCGCCGCGAUGCAGCUCAGAGGGCGACUGGUCUCAAGCUGACCCGGCACCAGCCGCCGCCAACCCGGUCCUGGCUCAGCUCAAUCACAACCUGGAGGUGCUGUCGGGCCUCAGCAGCCGGCAGGAGACGCUGAUGGAGGCCGCUCAGAGCCUGCAGGCCGACCUCCUCUCCUGGCCCCAGAGCGUGCAGAGGGAGGUGCACGACAUCCUGGAGAAAUACCCUCUAGAGGUUCUGUCUCGCACCGUUUCGGCCAUUGAUGCCAAUAACGUGGACAAUGACAACCUGCCGCCGCCGCUCACGCCACAGGUGUUCGCUGGGUAGUGGAGUCUACAGAGGGAGGACAACAUUUCACAGCUGGCGACAGUUCUCCUGCCUUGAAGAGUCAGCUCAUUUCCCAGUGUGUUUCAUGGUAACUUUCCACAUGUACUAACCUCCUGAAUGUUGCUAAGCUGUAGUGCACCUUAAACACCCGGUCACGCCAAUAUUUAUGACAAAGAAAUUAGUUAAUUUCAAUGGAAUUGGAUCUGUUGAUAGAUUUGCUAGUGUGGAUAAAACUUGGUGAACAUUAACAUGCAAAUUUGCAUUGUUUAACAAAAUCAAGUUGUCUGAAUGGUGCUGACCUUCUGGGGAAUGAAGGAAACGAAUGUCUCUUAUUAGUUGUUUGCAGUGGUGGACAGUAACUAAGUACAUUAACUCAAGUACUGUACAUUGAGAUACAUGUAGAUUUUAUUUCUAUUUUUUGCAUCUAUAUACUUCUAUUCCACUACUUGAUAACUUAAAGGGGGACUACGUUCAUUUCAAAAUUCAGAAAUUUUAUUCCUAUGGUCCAAGCAAUCCCAAAAUAUCAGUAAACAUGAACAAUACAAAAGUAUUUCCUGUUCUAGGGAAGAAUAACAUCAUGUGUAUUAAGGGUUAUCAUGUCCACCUCAUCAGAAACUGGGGAGGUAUUAGGAGGAAUAUUGGAUUUCUCUGGAAUGCUAACUUUUAGCGCGUUAGAUAACAUAAGCUUCCAUAGCAAAACAAACAAGUGUCAUCCUCCUUUGUAAGAUUGGCUUCCUGUGACAUCAUCCAUCCACUGAGUGAGAGCAUACGGGUCGGCCAGUCUGGUCCCGUUCAUCAGUGUUUACUUAUUCAAGUAACCCUGGCGGUCCCGGAGAGUGAGUGACCUGACAUGGUGCGUUGGGAAAUUCAGUCUGACGCUCUACACUAAAAUGAGAGCCCUGUUGGUGGAAGAAACGGAGUGUUAUAUUUCUACAUGAAUGAACCAACGGUUAACUUAAUCACACAUUCACUCCGCUCGGCGCUCUGCUGCUCCGCUGCUCCGUCUCCGAGUGAGAGUGCAGUGCUCUGGAUAACUGGACGGUACAUUCAGACAGUGCUCAAAUUUAUGAACGGUCCAGUUUGUGUCAGAGUACACUCCCACACUCAGAAUGAGUAUUUCUGAGCGCACCACUCACAUCAUCUUCCUCCAUUGUCUAAAACAAGACAACAGAACUUGUUAGCUAGCGCUAGCUAAUGUCUAUGGAGAACUGUUUUGCGUCCAGCUAAGCCCCGCCAACCCAAAAAAAUCAUACUGUUUACUAAUAGUGAAAGGGUCUAUAUCGAAAGUAAAAAAAAAAAACUUCCAAGUGUGAAUCACUUUAUUUUCCCUGUGAAUUAGAAAACAGUCUGAGGGGCCACCCGGCAACCUGUAGGGUGCCAUAUUUGUCCCAUGGGCCAUAAGUUGAGUAUCUCUGCUUUAUUGUCACUCAUCUUUUAAAACCAGAAAAAGACUUAUGAUAUACAAAUAUCCAAAAUCUGGCAGAAAAAUCACAACAUCACAACAAGCAGCCAUGUCAGCUGUUACAACCACACAAAUAAACUUUUCCACUUUCUGGUGUGACCAGAUUUUUAUGUUUAUCAAAUCGAAGCCCUCUCUGCUCUCUCAUCAUUUCUACUUGUUACCAUUUCCAGUUGAAGUGACCACAGUUACUGGUUUGUCUGAUACCACACAAAGAAAAAAUAACAGCAUGUAUAAACCUCUGUAUAUCAGUGAUGUGUUUCUGUUUGGGGCCAGUUUUUGACCUGUUAUCCAACACGUUUUUUAAAAUAUUUUACUUGUUAAUAUCGUGACAUAGUCUGAUUUCAUGCUGUUUUUUAAUAUUUGUGUUUUAUUGUGGACUAAAAUCCAGCUGGAAACACAUUUAGAAAAAACACAGAACCACUCCAGAACACAUUUUCUCAUCAUGGUCAAGUAUUAACUUAAUUUAACUUCAAAAGGGUCAUUCAGUUGUUAUUUUUAUUUUAUAAAACACUGUUUAAAUGUUGUACUGUGUUUUUAGAAUUCGCUGUAUUUUUGCAGGCCUGCUCACCUCCGUAAUGAAACAGUGUUAGAGUGUAAAACACACGUUACGACAGAAAACUAGAAAUAAUGUAUUUUAAAUAUUGAUUUAUUUUGUCAGUGUGUGGUGUACUGUAUGAUAUUGGGUGUAAAGAACGCCUGCUGAAACUCUGCUGCCCUGCCACUGCUUUUGUUUGUGUGCUGAUUCAUUGACCUGAGAAUCUUUUUGCCAAAUUUAAUAACAUUUCUGUAAAUGACCACAUUUAUUCAUCUGCAGAGAGAAUCAGGGCCUGUGUGGUUUCACUAAUCCAGACUAGUCUUUAAUGCUGCUCUCCCUGCUGUAGGCUUUCCUUGUAUGGUCAUGGAUGGGCAGAGAGGUGUGCUCUCCCUGCCUUAAGGCUUUUCAUGUUGGCGCCUGGAAGGGCAGAGAGGUGUGCUCUCUCAGCCGUAGGAUUUCCAUGUACGUGCAUGGAAGGACAGGGAGAUUUUCUCUCUCUGCCUUAGGGCUUUCUAUGUAGGCAUGUAGAAGGAAAGAGAGGUGUGCUUUCUCUGCCUUAGGCUUUCCAUGUAGGCGCGUAGAAGGGCAGAGAGAUGUGCUCUCUCCGCCUUAGGCUGUCCACAUAGGUAUGUGGAAAGGCAGAGAGGCCCCAGAACAGAGCCAUCCCGCCAAAUAUAAUACUGCAAAUGGAAAAAAAGUUUUCUUUGGUAGUGACUGAACUGCUGUAAACUGCAAAUCUUCAAAUGGACCACAUUAAACAAAAAGUGAAAAGUGAGUGACGGCUCUGACAGUGGAUGAUGCCAAUUGUUAGUAAAUGUUAUAAAUUAUAUUAACUGCUUUUUGUUUUUUAUUUGAGUGAAAUAAAGACGACAAUGAAAUAAGAAAUAAAAGA